AACCAGAACCAUGUGAUCUUGGAUUCCGCUGACUACUGCUACUACUACAACUGCAAUUACUGGCUGCCGAACGUCGUUCGCAUACCGCCUGAAACGUCCGUCGUCGUGAGUUGUUGCUGCAUCGUCGUCGACGAUCUACAUUUGAUCUAAGAAAAUAAGGGAGGAAGGAGAAGAAGAAGAAAUGGCAGUGAACACCAUCCUCAUCGAUUUCUCGGUGGAUCCGAGCCAGGUGAAGAGCGAGGGUCAGCUGUCGCAGCUCUCCGCGGACAUCGAGAACGUCCUGCGCGAUUACCUCGCAAACCUGAAGCUGGUGAUCAGCGUGCCGCUCGAUGGCGGCAUCUUCAAGCUGUACCAGAGCGAGAUGGGAGCAGUGAGCAAUUUGCGCAUCUUCGGCAACGGCAUCAUCACCAUAAACAUCGAGUACUACAAGGCCGAGAAGCAGGAGCCGCUCCUCGACUACGAGAAAGGGAAAGAAAUCGAGCGCGAAGUAUUCGAGAGGGUAAUUGGCAUUAAACGCAGUCAGGCACUUGUCCCUAUAAAACGCGGGAAAUUUGAUAGGUAUUUCCCGUCCGCAGACGAAAGAUUGCUCGAAUAUGACAUUGAUCAGGUGGUCUUCGAAGAGAGGACGCAAUACCAGAAAGUACAAAUCGUGCACUCGAGGAGCUUAGGAAAUAUGCUAGUUCUAGAUGAUUUACAAAACAUAUCAGAAGCGGAUUUGAUCUACACAGAAACCUUGAUGUGCAGAGGCAAAGAGGAUUACAAGGAUAAAGACAUCGUAAUUUUAGGUGGAGGCGACGGGGCUUUGCUGUACGAACUGCUGAAAGAGAAGCCCAAGAACGUGAUCAUGUUGGAGAUUGAUGAUAUCGUGAUGAAAGCGUGCGCAAAACAUAUGCGUUCCAUCUGCGGCGACGUUCUGGACAGCAGAUCAGGUCCCAAUUAUCAAAUCAUAGUCGGGGAUUGCAUGAAGUCCUUAGAUCAGUUCAUAUCUGAAGGCAGGAAAUUCGAUUACGUUUUUGGAGAUCUCACCGAUAUCCCAAUCUCCAGUACACCGUCCGGGGAACUUUGGGAUUUCAUCCUUCGAAUCCUCGAAUUGUCUUUUAAGAUCCUGAAGCCCGACGGUAAAUUCAUGACGCACGGAAACGGGACCAGCUGCGAGGAAUCACUGAAGAUGUACGAGUCGCAGCUGAUGAAGCUGCAGCCUCCGGUGGCGAUCAACAAGACUACCGCCUUCGUUCCGUCUUUCCUUGAAGAUUGGGUCUUCUAUCAGAUCAACUUCACGAAGAAGCCGUAACGCUCGUUGUGACCACUAGAAACAACUUUUUUCAUUAGCUAGCACAUCUAUCCGAAGAUGAGACGAAUUAUCUUGCUGUUAUUAUUUUUACUUCUCGCUGUGACGAGAGGUGAAGACACGCAGCUCCGACUACCUUUAUUAUUCUCCAAGCAAAACUAUGUUCUUUCUCGCAGUAUUUUCUUGUUACUUUUCGUUCUGUUUCUCAUUGUUUAUUUUUAUGCGACGGAAUGUUAUUGAAUCUCUCUCUAUA